GACACACACAUCCUAAAUCAUAACACACACACACAUUCUCUCUCUCUCAAAGGCCAUGGCACCCCUCUCUCUCAUCCUGGCCACCAUAGCCAUAUCCAUCUUCCUCUACUCCCUCCUCGGCUACCUCCGCCGGCCAGCCCGCCCGCUCCCCCCCGGCCCGAGGCCGUGGCCCCUCGUCGGGAACCUGCCCCACCUCGGCGCCGUGCCCCACCACUCCAUCGCCGCCCUGGCCCGGACCUACGGGCCGCUCAUGCACCUGCGGCUCGGGCUCGUCGACGUGGUGGUGGCCGCGUCGGCCUCCGUGGCCGCCCAGUUCCUGAAGACCCACGACGCCAACUUCUCGAGCCGGCCGCCCAACUCCGGGGCGAAGCACAUCGCGUACAACUACCAGGACCUGGUGUUCGCGCCCUACGGCUCGAGAUGGCGGAUGCUGAGGAAGAUUAGCUCCGUCCACCUCUUCUCCGGCAAGGCUCUAGAUGAUUAUAGACAUGUUCGGCAGGAAGAGGUCGCGAUACUCACAAGUGCGCUGGCACGUGUGGGUUCGGCCCCGGCGAACCUGGCCCAACUGCUCAACGUGUGCACGGUGAAUGCCCUGGGGCGGGUGAUGAUGGGGAAGAGGGUGUUCGGGGACGGGAGCGGCAGGGGCGACCCGAAGGCGGACGAGUUCAAGUCGAUGGUGGUGGAGGUGAUGGUGCUGGCGGGCGUGUUCAACAUCGGCGACUUCGUGCCGGCCCUCGAGUGGCUCGACCUCCAAGGGGUCGCGGCCAAGAUGAAGAAGCUGCACAAGCGCUUCGAUGCCUUCUUGAUGGCCAUCUUGGAGGAGCACAAGGCCAACAUGGGCAAACCCGGGAACAAGCACAAUGACUUGUUGAGUACUUUGAUCUCUCUGCAGGAUGUUGCCGAUGAGGAAGGAGGGAAGCUCACGGAUACCGAAAUCAAAGCAUUGCUUCUAAACAUGUUCACGGCUGGCACCGAUACUUCCUCCAGCACCACGGAAUGGGCCAUCGCGGAGCUCAUCCGGCACCCCAAAAUCCUGGCCCGAGUCCAGGAAGAGAUCGACUCCGUGGUCGGGCGAGACCGCCUCGUAACCGAGCUCGACCUGCCUCGCCUGACGUACCUCCAAGCAGUGAUCAAGGAAACCUUCCGGCUCCACCCGUCCACCCCUCUAUCCCUCCCGAGGAUCGCAGCCGAGAGCUGCGAGAUCAACGGCUACCACAUCCCCAAAGGUGCCACGCUGCUAGUCAACGUGUGGGCCAUAGCCCGCGACCCCGACACUUGGGCCGAGCCCUUGGUGUUCCGGCCAGAGAGGUUCUUGCCGGGCGGCGAGAAGCCCAAUGUCGACGUCAGGGGUAACGAUUUUGAGGUCAUUCCAUUCGGGGCCGGACGCAGGAUAUGCGCAGGAAUAAGCUUGGGCUUGAGGAUGGUCCAAUUCAUGACCGCGACGCUAGCCCACGCUUUCGACUGGGAGUUGGCCAACGGAGUUUUGCCGGAGAAGCUUAACAUGGAUGAAGCUUAUGGGCUCACCUUACAGCGAGCCGAGCCUUUGUUGGUCCACCCGAAACCGAGACUCGCCUCACAUGCCUACAAGGCCUCGAGUUGAAGCGUUCGCGAACAUCCUUUUUGGCAGUUUCACACGUUUGGCUGAUAGAAUAGAGAGGGCAACUUGCAUGGAUGCAGAUUCAGGUCACAUUCUUCAUGAGCAAUUUGCAUCUCGGUCGCAAGUUGUAUCUGUGUGCUGGUGAUUCUAUGAGAAAAAGAUUCAGGGUAUUGGCAAAGAUGGUCCACAAAGUUAUGUAAAAAAACCAAAUAAAACUCAUCAAUAACUGAAUGAAAAGAGUUAAUUGAGAACAACAA